GCCGGACCAGGCGGUGGGAGGUGGUGGCGGCGGCAGCGCGGGCGCCUGAGGAGGAGGAGGAGGAGGAGGAGGAGAAGCGGAUAAGCAGGCUGUGGGACCCACAGACAGCUUCUGAGUGGCACAGAGCACAUCCCUGUGCCCCGCUGGUGCCAGAAGCAGCAUGAUCUUCAGAGCGCCAUGGGGCCUGACAGAGUGACAGCCCGAGAACUGUGCGAGAACGAUGACCUGGCCACCAGCCUUGUUCUUGACCCCUACCUCGGCUUCCGCACCCAUAAGAUGAACGUCAGCCCUGUGCCCACUCUGCGACGACAGCACUACCUUCGCUCAGCACUGGAAGCUUUCCUAAGACAGCGGGACCUGGAGGCUGCAUACCGGGCCCUGACAGUGGGAGGCUGGAUGGCCCACUACUUCCAGAACCGGGCCCCUCGGCAGGAGGCUGCCCUCAAGACCCACAUUUUUUGCUACCUCCGCGCCUUCUUGCCUGAGAGUGGCUUCACCAUUCUGCCCUGCACCCGCUACUCCAUGGAGACCAAUGGGGCCAAGAUCGUGUCUACCCGUGCUUGGAAGAAGAACGAGAAACUGGAGCUGCUGGUAGGCUGCAUUGCAGAGCUUCGUGAAGAGGAUGAGAACCUGGUUAGGGCCGGAGAGAACGACUUCAGCAUCAUGUACUCCACCCGGAAAAGGAGUGCCCAGUUGUGGCUAGGCCCAGCUGCCUUCAUCAACCAUGACUGCAAACCCAACUGCAAGUUUGUGCCCUCAGAUGGGAAUACUGCCUGUGUGAAGGUGCUCCGGGACAUUGAGCCAGGGGACGAAGUGACAUGCUUCUAUGGUGAGGGCUUCUUCGGUGAGAAGAAUGAGCACUGUGAAUGCUACACCUGUGAGAGGAAAGGUGAGGGAGCUUUCAGACUUCAGCCCAGGGAACUGGAGCUGCGGUCACAACCCCUGGACAAGUAUCAACUCCGAGAGACAAAGCGGCGUCUGCAGCAGGGCCUGGACAACAGCCAGCAGAGCCUUCUGGGCCUGCGGGCCUGCUCCCACCUGUCCCCACUGCGCCGUGACCCAUUCUGUGCUGCCUGCCAGCCCCCAUGCCUACUGCCUGCUAGCCCCCACUUGGACUACUUGCCCCUCUGGCUCCAGUGGAUGCCUCAGCCCCAGCCCAGAGUUCGCCCCCGGAAGCGUCGCCGUCCCAGGAUCCGCCCGACCUCAUUGUCCCCUGCCCUCCAUGCUGCCUAUGUUUCCCUACACCGAUGGGGAGGCUGUGGUCCCCACUGUCAACUACGGGGUGAGGCCACAGUGGCCCUGCACCGGCUCCCCAAGACCCGCUGGACCCCACAACAGGACUGGUACUGGGCCCGGCGCUAUGGGCUGCCUUCUGUGGUGCGUGUGGACCUUACCCGCCUACCCCCAGCCCUACCAGCUGCUCCUGCUCCUACUGGGAGCCCAGCCCCUGUCCCCACCCCUGACCUCGUCCCUAAACAGGCCCUUGCCUUUGCUCCUUUCUGCCCACCUAAGCGCCUCCGGCUGGUGGUCAGUCAUGGUUCCAUUGAUCUGGACAUCAACAGUGGUGAGCCAUGAUGGACUGCCUGCAGGGAGCCCAGACUGGAGUAUAGUCUCUGUCUUGGACCGCUCCAGAAGGGAAGGAAGGAGAUGACCCUUGACCCAGGUCUGAUCCUGGGAGUGUGUUUUUUAGGAUAUACCUAGGGAGUUGAUCCUCAUUGCUCUAUGAUUGCUGACCCCUGAGCCAACCCCACUCAAGCAAGGGAGCCCUGGCCAUUUGAUGUCCCCCUCCCCAUCCCUGUCCCCACCGCAGGACUUCAGGAGCCAUCCCCCUCCCCUCAGCCUCUUCCUCCCCGGGGAGCAAAGCCAUAAGGGGUGGGGGCCACUCCAUGGCGACUCUCUAGAAGCUCAGGCCUCAGGAGGUGCAACUGACUUGGGGGUUUGCCCUCCCAAACUGCCCCCACAGUAGGGAGUAGGUUGGCUCUCAGUUCUGCAGUUGUUGGAGGCAGGGGCAGUCAGAUGGGGUGGGUGGUACCCAGGGGCACAUCCUUGGCCCUGCCCCAUGGGUCUCAGGGAGGCCAGGUGUGACCUCAUCUUUAUCAUGGUGCUAUCCCUGGUGCUACUGGGGUGUAGGGGAGGCUCCCUCUCUUCCCCACACCAGAAUGGGGUAUGAUGGGGGAUUGGAAGAACUUGAACUUUUUAUUAAAACCUUCUAAGCCCUUA